CCCGUGUAUCCUUGGCUAUGAGUUGACGUUUGUGCACUGGCCACUAGCUUCUAGUGCGGCUUGAUCUCCACCAUACGACAGGCUAAUUGCGAUCAAGGUUGGGGAUUAGGGGCACUGGAAGGUUCGCUGCCACCCUUGACGACGCAUAUAAGCACAGCACCAGCCAGACAUCCUGGUUUCUUAUCCUGUUCCUCCUCUGCAAAUUCCACAGCACGCCUUUCAUAGCCAGCCAUCAAAAUGCCUAUAGAUUAUAGCAAGUGGGACAACCUGGAGCUUUCCGAUGACUCCGACGUCGAGGUGCACCCGAACAUCGAGCGCAACACCUUCAUCCGCCUGCGCCAGCGCAAGAUCCGUGAAGAGCGCGAGAACCGCCGUCUACGACGUGAGCGUAUUGAGACCAUGAUCCCGAUGAACAAGGACCUCAUUGAGCGCAUUAGUGCGCUGCGCAGCCGUAUUGCUGACGCCAACGAGGACUCGCUGAAGGAAAUCAUGAAGGAGUGGGCGCAGGACGUCGAGAAGGCACGUGUGGCCAAGGAGAAGCGCGACUCGGCUACAAGCCAGGGCAAGAUCCCUGAGCAGCCACCAAGGACGAGAUGAUGGACGCCCUGAAGGCGCGCAUCAGCGACGACUUGCUCAAGGAGGCUACGGGUCAGGGCUCGGUCCAGGAGAAGCAGAGCGC